AUGUCUUCCAACGAAGGGCUCAACGACGGUGGCGCCGGCAAAGAUGUCGCCAGAUGCGAUGAGAUUGAGCGCUCCUCUGCUGACAAGUCGGAGCCGAACCGGCAGUUCUCUCCAGAAGAGAUCCAGGGCCGAUUCGAUCUCCUUCGCGACUUGAGCAACGCCGAGAUGGAACAUUAUCUCGACAGGAUCAACGUCUCUAAUGCGAGAUUGGCCGGAAUGCAGGAAGAUCUGCAUAUGUCAGAUACCAUGUGGAAUUUGGGGAUUUCCACCUUCUACAUCGGCUAUCUCAUUGGCCAAUUGCCCGGCAACUUGUGGCUGGCCAAGUCCAAUCCCAGCGGCGCAAGUUUCGCAGCCCUUCGCUUCCUCACAGGGUUGUGCGAGGCCCCUUUCUUCCCAGGAAUUACACUUCUGACGUCGUCUUGGUACAACAAGCACGAGAGCCCCAUGCGCAUGGCCGUCUGGCAUGCGGGAAACACCAUCUCCAACAUCAUCUCAGGCUUUCUCGCAGCAGGAAUUCUCACCACAAUGGACGGAGUCAAAAAUCUCCACUCGUGGCAGUGGUUCUUUCUCAUCGAGGGAAUCGCGACAUUCGUCAUCGGCUUGUCAGCUUUCUUUCUUCUGCCCGACUGGCCGCAAAACACCCGCUUCCUCACGCCCGCUGAGCGAGAGAUGGCACAAUAUAGGAUUUUGUGCUCCAACGGCGGCCAAGAAGAGACCGUAGGUGGAACCUGGGAUGGUCUGAAGGAUGCGGUCAGAGAUCCGUUUACUUGGAUCUUCUGCCUCAUGCACUUUGCUCUCGUCACAGCACAGUCUUUCAAGGACUUCUUCCCAUCCAUUGUAAAAACCUUCGACUUUGGCGAGUUGACAACAUACCUCAUCCAAGCACCUCCCUACGCGUUCUCCUUCAUAUUCGCCUGCGUUUGCGCCUGGUCCUCGGGUCGUAAUCAAGAGUCUUUCUGGCACGUCGUACUGCCAAUCAUCGGCAGCGCUGUCGGCAUCUCUGUCCUCAUAUCGACAAUGAACAUUGGCGCCCGCUACUUUGGCCUGUUCCUGCUUAUAUCCGGUACUUACAACGGCCUCAACCUGCAACUUUCGUGGGAGACGUCCGUCGUACCCGCUCCGAGAAGCAAGAAGGCCGCGCUGAUUGCCAUUGCAAACUGCAUCAGCCAGACGAGCCACUGGUUCAGCCCGUACUUUUGGCCGCGCUCGCAGGAGCCUUUUUACCGCCUCGGGGGUGGCUUAGUGCUGGUCGGUUGUCUCCUGGUCAUCACCUCAGCUGGAUUGGCAAAGUGGCGCGCGAUCAAGCUGAACAAGAAGCUGGACGAGGCCGGGGGGUAUUCUGAGCAUUCUGGGGUUGAGAGAGGUUGGCGAUAUGUUUACUGA